UGGCUGGUAUCAGGGCUGGUCCUCAGCAGCUGUGUCCCUGGCCAGGCUGGCUGGACGGUCGGUUCGCUGUCUGACCAGCAGCCAGCCCUCCACCAGCAGCUCCGGAGGCCUGGACAUGGGGGCUGUUGAAUACGCGUUGUGCUCACGGGCCUGUGUGUGGAUCCUGUUGUGCCGCGGCUGAGGGGCCUGGCCCCUGCCAGGUGGUCUCCCUGCUCUCUGGAAGCCCUGAGGUGCAGGAUUGGCCUGGGCACACGUCUUGCGGAGAGCCCUUGGUGCUCCUGGGCGCCUGGCUCUGUGGUGACCUCCCUGCUUCCCGCCCAGUCAGGAUGGGGCCUCGGGUGGGGCCACGUGGAGCUUAGUUCCUGGUCGUAUCCCAGAACCCUGAGGGCCAGAGCCUGGGCCUGCCUGCCCAUCCCCUGCUGGGCAGAGGCGACUCGCUCUGCCUGUGUCAUUCCCGGCAGAGACCCACCCCCGUCCCCCGAAGCCUGACCCCGUGAAGAGCGUGUCCAGUGUGCUCAGCAGCCUGACGCCCGCCAAGGCGGCCCCUGUCAUCAACAACGGCUCCCCCACCAUCCUGGGCAAGCGCAGCUACGAGCAGCACAACGGGGUGGACGGCAACAUGAAGAAGCGCCUCUUGAUGCCCAGUAGGGGCACUUACCUGGGUCUGGCAAACCACGGACAGACCAGGCACAUGGGACCAAGCCGGAACCUCCUGCUCAACGGGAAGUCCUACCCCACCAAAGUGCGCCUGAUCCGGGGGGGCUCCCUGCCCCCGGUCAAGCGGCGGCGGAUGAACUGGAUCGACGCCCCGGAUGACGUGUUCUACAUGGCCACGGAGGAAACCAGGAAGAUCCGCAAGCUGCUCUCCUCCUCGGAAACCAAGCGUGCUGCCCGCCGGCCCUACAAGCCCAUCGCCCUGCGCCAGAGCCAGGCCCUGCCGCUGCGGCCGCCGCCGCCUGCGCCCGUCAACGACGAGCCCAUUGUCAUCGAGGACUAGGGGCUGCCCCCACCUGCGGCUGCCCCCCCGCCCCUCGCCUGCCCACGCGGCCCCUUCCCAGCCAGCCCGCCGCCCGCCCCUCAGUUUGGUAGUGCCCCACCUCCCGCCCUCACCUGCAGAGAAACGCGCUCCUUGGCGGACACGGGGAGGAGAGGAAGAAGCGCGGCUAACUUAUUCCGAGAAUGCCGAGGAGUUGUCGUUUUUAGCUUUGUGUUUACUUUUUGGCUGGAGCGGAGAUGAGGGGCCACCCGUGCCCCUGUGCUGCAGGGCCUUUUGCCCGGAGGCCGGGCCCUAAGGUUUUGUUGUGUUCUGUUGAAGGUGCCAUUUUAAAUUUUAUUUUUAUUACUUUUUUUCUAGAUGAACUUGAGCUCUGUAACUUACACCUGGAAUGUUAGGAUCGUGCGGCCGCGGCCGGCCGAGCUGCCUGGCGGGGUUGGCCCUUGUCUUUUCAAGUAAUUUUCAUAUUAAACAAAAACAAAGAAAAAAAAUCUUAUAAAAAGGAAAAAACC